CUGACCGCCGAGAGUUGGCAAGAUGGCGACGACUGUGAACGGAGUGUUUCGCGAAGAAUUACGCGAUGCGAUUUUACGCAGCAAGGUGCUCGUCGUCGGUGCCGGCGGUAUCGGCUGCGAGAUUCUCAAGAACCUGGUGAUGUCCGGGUUCGCCGAUAUCGAAAUCAUUGAUCUGGAUACGAUUGACGUCAGCAAUUUAAACAGACAAUUUCUGUUCCAAAAGAAACAUGUGGGAAAAUCAAAAGCCAGCAUAGCGUGUGAAACGGCAUUAACAUUUAAUCCAGAUGUCAAAGUGAUAUAUUAUCACGACAGUAUUACAUCAUCGGAAUUCGGCUUGUCCUUCUUCAAGAGGUUCACUGUGGUAUUAAACGCUCUUGACAAUAGAGCGGCGAGAAAUCAUGUGAAUCGUAUGUGUCUAGCAGCAGAUAUACCAUUAAUAGAGUCCGGUACCGCGGGUUACGAAGGCCAGGUCGAACUCAUCAAGAAGGGCUUGAGCCAAUGCUACGAAUGUACGCCUAAAGCUGCGCAAAAGACUUAUCCCGGUUGUACCAUCCGCAACACGCCCAGCGAGCCCAUUCACUGCAUCGUAUGGGCUAAACAUCUCUUUAAUCAAUUAUUUGGGGAAGAAGAUCCCGAUCAGGAUGUUUCUCCAGACACCGCGGAUCCUGAAGCAACUGAUACAGCAGGGGAAGGGGCUUUACAGGCGGAAUCCAACGAUAAAGGGAACAUCGAUAGGAUUUCCACACGAGUUUGGGCCCAGUCCUGCAAUUACGACCCAGAAAAAUUGUUUACGAAGCUUUUUCACGAUGACAUCAAGUAUCUGCUGAGCAUGGACAAUUUGUGGAAAAAACGCCGAUCUCCAACGCCAUUGAAUUGGAGGGAAUUGCCAGACGGAGUGGCCGGAUGCAGUAAAGAGAUCAAUCAGCCUGGGCUGAAGGACCAACAACGCUGGAGUAUUUCCAAAUGCGGCUCGAUCUUUGCAGAAUCGAUGAAAAGUUUGAGUCAGACAUUGAAAUCCUGUCAAGAAAAAUCGCCAGGCAAUCAUUUGGUUUGGGAUAAGGAUGAUCAGCACUCUAUGGAUUUUGUCGCUGCAUGCGCCAACAUUCGCGCGCACAUCUUUGGAAUUCCUCAGAAAAGCAGAUUUGAUAUCAAAUCAAUGGCUGGCAACAUAAUCCCGGCGAUCGCCACCACCAAUGCUAUCAUUGCGGGCAUGGUGGUCCUUCAUGCUUUCCGAGUCCUUGAGAACAAUCUACAAGCCUGCAGAUCCGUCUAUCUGCGUUUAAAGAUGAAUCACCGUAAUCAGCUGUUAGUCCCAGAAAAAGCAGUGAAUCCACCCAAUCCGCAAUGUUACGUUUGCGCACCUACCCCGCAGGCUGUGCUCGCGGUCGAUACCUCCAGCAUGACUAUUAAAGAACUGGAAGAGUUGGUGCUCAAGAACAGACUGAACAUGAUCGCCCCCGAUGUCAUGAUCGAUGGAACUGGUUCCGUCGUCAUUAGCAGCGAGGAAGGCGAGACAGAGAGCAACAAUGACAAGAAAUUGGAGGAGUUGGGAAUCAAGGAUGGGGCAAUUCUCAAGGUCGACGACUUCCAGCAGAACUAUUCGCUAACCGUCUUCGUAGUUUAUCGAGAGAAACCUGGUCCGAAAGACGAUAGUCCGCAAUUUUUAAUACUGGCAGAUAAGAACGCGCUUCAACCGAAGGAAAGAGAGGAAGAAGAGAAAACGGAGAAGUCUUCCAGCUCCAAUGGACAGACCGUGACCGAAACGCCGGAUGUGGCUAAGAAGCGUAAAAAUGAUGCCAAAGAUGAGAUAGCAGCUAAGAAACGCAAAGUGGAAAUUGAUAAUGGCGAUGAUAGCGAUGAUAUCUGCAUUAUCAGUAACGACACAUGCCAUGAUAACUCAUCCGAGCUGAAGAAAUCAACGUUGAGGAAGCGGAAGCCUUCCGAUGACAUUGAUUGCUUGAUAGUGUGCGACGACGAUUAACUGCGAAAGCAAGAGAUGAGCUUCAAAGUGAAGAGAGAUACGGUGGAAAACGAAAGGACUUGAAAACAUUUAAAGUUCAAAUUGAGAUAAAAAGUAAAGAGAUAGAAGAGAGUAAAGAAAGCUUUUGAAGAGAAUAGAGGAAACGGAGUAAAAACAUAAGAGAUAAGAGAAACAUUUUCGUGUGAAAAUUAGUUUAAAAGUUAUUUCUAACAUUGCAUGGUUUACACGGAGAAGUGAAAAAGUCUCAUUUUUUUUUUAAUUCCUUUUCUAUUAGUGACAUCCGUGGUUUAUAGAUACAAUAAUUAAUUUAAUUUUGUAUAUUGACGAAUAUACAUAUGCCGUAAUGUAUUAUCAUAUUGUCAUAACUAUUGUCAUUAUUUUGAUCAUUAGAAAAGAAAAAUAGAUUGUUUUUACUUAUA